UUUUUUUUUUGUGGAUUUUAGGGUUUAUGGUCUUCUAUUGUGGUUGGAUAUUUAAUUGAAUUGUUAUAAUUUAGGGUAUUUUGACUGUGGAUUUAGCUUCCGAUCUUGCCAUGAUAUAUCUAAGCUUUAGGAUUCAGUAGUAGAUUAUUCGCCCGUGGAUCAUUUGCUCAGUUUUUCCCUUUUUGACUUGAGAUCUAACAAUUUGGGAUGAGAAAUUCUGGUCUUAUGUAUCUUGGGUAAUCUUGAUGGACUGGUCAACAUUCAAGAACGGGUUGAUUUUGUGUAGUAGUUCUUGGGAUGAACGAUUCUGUGUCCAUUGGCUGUGUCAUGGACCUGUGCUCAUGUAAUUAGCAUUGAAGUUGAGUUUGGGUUCUUGUUGAUUCUUUUAUGCUGUUCUUGGCCAAAAUGAUGGGACAUGGUAACUAUUUUGUGGAGUGGAAGGAGCAAUUUGUUUCGCAAGAACGGGGAAACCGCGUGGUUCAUUAUUUUUUGAAGGAUUCUGCUGGAGAGUCUGUUCUUGCAGUUGUGGGGACUGAGAGAAGUGUCAGACACAUGUUUUAUGUUGUUGCAGACGAGUUUUUGCAAGCUCAUGGGAAGGAAAACUCUGUCCAUUCUGGUUUCAAAUGGAGAUCGAGGCGAGAGGUCGUGGAUUGGCUUACUUCUAUGUUAUCAAAGCAGCAUUCUCCUGGGGAUCAUUCUGUGCCUUGUAAAUGUGAUGCAAUACAAACACUGGGAACUCUUCAAUUUUCACAUAGUGGACUAGUUCUUCAACAAUCCGAUGUACCAGAUGAUAAAGUUCGGUCAUCAAGGAAUUCCAAGGGACUUGCAUCAGAUAUUGUAUGGUCUGGUGCUGCGUGGACCUGCGGUAAACGGCUCAAGCAUUACCCGUCAUUUUGCAGGAAUGGGACUUCAAUCGUGGUACAUUCUUUUGUUUAUGUCAUGGCUAAGGGAGAAAACCACUAUCUUGCUUACCUGGAGGACAUGUACGAAGAUAAGAGGGGUCAGAAAAAGGUGAAAGUGAGGUGGUUUCAUCAUAGUCAGGAGGUGAAAGGUGUGAUUGCAUUACGAAAUUCUCACCCGAGAGAAGUUUUUAUCACACCAUAUGUGCAGACCAUUAGUGUUGAGUGUGUUGAUGGUCCUGCAACAGUCUUAAAUCGUGAACAUUACGAAAAGUGUGUGAAUGCAUUUCCCCAUGAUUCACUUUCGAAAGUUCAUCUUUGCUAUAGGCAGUUCAAAAGCAACCGACUAAAACCCUUUGACCUGAGUAAGCUGCGUGGAUAUUACGAUCAGCCAGCCUUCUCUUGUUUGAGUCUCAAUGUAUUAUCAAAAUCUGAGCCCAUUUUUGAUAGUUUGACUGUGGAAGACGAUGAAGAUUUGGACCCAGAAAAUAGUGUUAGACCGAAGGUUAAAAGGAUGAGGAAUGCUACAGGAUGUAGAACAUUUGAGUUAGAAAAUGCAAAAGUUAGAAAGUCCGGUAGUCGUCGACAUAUGUUGACUCAUAAAUCUUGCAAGAAGCAUAAUUACAGCUUUUUAGGCAGCAGGUUUCUUUCUCAUAAGCAUGUUUUGGAGGAUAAUGACCCAGCAUAUGAUGUCAAUGAGAAGAUAGAAUUAUUGUGUCAAGAUAGUGGCAUUCGAGGCUGCUGGUUCAGAUGUACGGUCUUGUAUGCAUCGCCAAAACAUAUUAGAGUACAAUAUGAUGAUCUGCAAGAUGAGGAUGGCUAUGGCAACCUUGAGGAAUGGGUCCCUGCUUGUAAAGUUGCUCUACCUGAUAAACUUGGCAUGAGGCACCCUGGCCGCCUGAUUACUAGACCAGUCCCUCAAGAGCAAAUAGAGCUCACUCUCGAUAUUGGUGUUGCUGUCGAUGCGUGGUGGAGUGAUGGCUGGUGGGAAGGAGUAGUUACUGGCCUAGAUUCAGGCAAUGAUGCUGUGCAUGUCUACUUUCCAGGUGAAAGCUUAUUCUUGAAUGUACAUAGAACCAAUCUUCGAGUAUCAAGAGAUUGGUUCGGGGGCUGCUGGAUUGAUGUUGAGGCAAAACCUUCUAUACUUACAUUGAUAUCUGACCGUAAUAGAACAGACGACGAACGUUCCAAGUCUGUCGCCCAUGUCAAAUCCAGCAGUUUAGCUAUGUCAUGCAUUGACACUAAUGCUGGCACUAACUUUAGUGACACUAAAGAGGAAACGCUCGUGGAAACUGCAUUAGCUAGUCUUGAAAAGCUUUGUGAAGUAAAGGAUGGGCCGAAGCAGCCACUGUCGUCAUCAGAAGAUGACCAGAGUGAGGAGGAGGAUGUGGUUGACACGAAAAACAGUAGGCGUAAUUUGAAGGACGAUAAUGGAGGAGGUGAUAAUAGUAGUAGUGAUAGUGAGAAUGAAAAUGAUGAGAAUAGCAAUGGAGCUAAAUCAGAAAUGGAUUCCAUGGAUAUGGAAGCUGUAGAUAUUCAGAAAAUGACAGGUGAGUUUACUUAUAAUAAUAAUCAGUAGCAGUGUUGGUUUUCAUCAAGAAUGUGCACUUUUGUGUUUAUUCUAAGUAAGUUGUUGUAUAUAAGCUAAGCUAAGCUAACUUCUUUAGAUCAAUCCCUUAAUGUGUACAGAAUUGAGUGUCAAGUUCAUAUUGUUUAGGUUUAGUUGAAAGGUCUCAAUGAUGUAUCAAUACCUUCUUUCAUGGAUUAAUUAUUACUGUCUUGGAUUUCAAGGACAUAUAAUGUUGUAAUGUACAUUAAAACAGAUGAUUCUAAGAGUUCUUGUUUUCUCCUCUUCCUUGGCUCUGCAAUGGUGUCGGUGUCGGUGUCGGUAGCCGUGACAUAGCUUUUUCACAAAGUGAAAGAGCUCAUCACAGCUUUUAUUGUUUGGAAGGGAUAUCUCAAAGGAUUGUUGUUGACCUUUGUGAGCAAUAUUGAGAGAUGGUUGCAGGGUGGGUGAUAUGAUAGGCUCAACAUGUAUCAUCCCAAUCACACUGAUCUUUGUGAGAGUUGUAUCUUUAAUAUG